UUUACACCUACUGUCGAUCCCAGAGCUCGAUGCAAGACUGGGGCCAAGGUCGGCACCGCACUCCACUUGGAUCCAGAUCACAGGGUGCAGCCUCCUUUUUGGAGCCUUUCCUUCACAGCUAAGAACGCAUUGAAACAAAGGCAACCAACGAACGCACCACACAGCCAUCAUGGCGCUCGCUCCUCGAAACGGACCACUAAAACCACACUUACGCGCACAGACAAAGCCAGAUUAGACGCACGCCAAAACUUUGCGCACCACUGCACACUAGCUCGUGGCUGGCUAGCUUAUUCGCGCCACUCAGCCGCUCGACACAGCGCGCAGCAAUGCGGCAGAUAAGCAGCCAUCCGAGGCGUGCAAUCCUCGGCUUGCUACGGGUGGCUGUGGUCGCCGCCGCCGCCGUCCUUGCCGACGGAGCGAGGGCCGCGGCGGCCGGGCGGUGCGCGACGUCGACGCCGGUCAAGACGUACGACAAGUGCAUCGCCCUACCGACGCAGGGCGCCACGCUCGCGUGGACGUACGACGCGCGGAACGCGACGCUGGACGCCGCGUUCACGGGCUCCUUCAUCUCACCGUCCGGCUGGGUGGCAUGGGGUGUCAACGCUGACGCGCCGGCAAUGACCGGGGCGCGCGUCCUCUCCGCGUUCUCCGACCCGUCAACCGGCGCGCUCCUCGCUCUGCCGUUCCUCCUCUCCCCCGACGUGAAGCUCCAGGCGUCGCCUCUGGUGUCCCGGCCGCUGGACAUCCCGCUGCUGGCCUCCUCCGCCAACCUCCUCGCCCCUGCGCGCACCGUCCGCGACGGCGCGUCGGUGACCAUCGCCGCCACCAUCCGUCUCUCCCCGAACCGUACCAAGCUCCACUUCGUGUGGAACCGCGGGCUCUACGUGCAGGGCUACUCCCCGACCAUCCACCCCACCGACGCCUCCGACCUCGCGUCGCACGCCACCGUGGACAUCCUCACCACCGCCACCGAGGCCUCGCCCACCACGUCGGCCACGCUGCAGUGGAUGCACGGCUCCCUGAACGCGCUCUCGUGGGGUCUGCUCCUCCCAGUCGGCGCGGCGGUGGCGCGGUACCUGCGGCCGUGCGCGUCCACGGGGCCGGCGUGGUUCUACGCGCACGCGGCAAUCCAGUCGACGGGGUACACCCUGGGCGCGGCCGGGUUUGUGCUGGGUCUGGUGAUGGGCUCCGCGUCGCCGGGCGUGACGUACAAGCUGCACCGCGGGCUGGGCAUCGCGGCUGCGACGGCGGGGAGCCUGCAGACGCUGGCGAUGUUCUUCCGGCCCAAGACGACGAACAUGUACCGCAAGUACUGGAAGUCGUACCACCACCUGGUGGGGUACGGGUGCGUGGUGGUCGGGGUGGUGAACGUGUUCCAGGGGUUCGAGGUCAUGGGGCUGGGCGUGUCCUACUGGAAGCUGGGCUACUGCAUAGCGCUCGCCACGCUGGUCGGCGCCUGCGUGGCGCUGGAGGUGAACGCGUGGGUGGUCUUCUGCCGGAGGCAGCAGCAGGAGAAGCUCAUGAGGAGGGAGGUCGAGAACGUCGUCGUCAAGGACGCGGCUGCCUUCUAGGCUGAGGCUUAACGGCGUACGUGUAUUCUUAUCUGCCUCUGUUUGCCUGGACAAGCAUGGCAUGCAGACAGUUGUGAGUCGAGGGAGGCCGGAACCGAAGCAAAAUUUA